CAAAAAUGACAAAUCCAAUCCACUUGGAAAUGGAAGUCCCCCCUCUCUCUCUGUCCUUUUGCUUCUGCAACUUAUGGCGUCCAUAGCUCCUGACGCUUAAAACCCACUCGGAGAUUCUUCACAUCCGCAAGACAUUGCUGGUCCAUGUAAACCGCUCAAGAUAUUGGAAAUUAGAGAAGACUAAUGUUUUUGAAUUCCGGAUAUUGUAUUCGAUGUCAGUUCCCCUUAUUAGGAAUUGAUCAGAUGAAAACAGGUGAAGCAGCUUUAUCAUCGGGGUUCAGCUUCUCUAAUUGCAGAACUAGUCUCUUGUGGAAGAGAAAUUCGCUACAUCACGCGGUGGCUACAAGUCCAUUCAAUAUCAAGUGCUCCUACAAGCAAAGUAGAAAGCCUCUAACUAGUUCAAAACGGGUUGAGAAGAAAAUAAUCAAGAAGGCGGGAAAGAAAGAGCACCACUUAUGGCAAAGAAAAGAUUCAGCCGGGUCUGGGCAAAAGGCACUCAAUCUCGUUAGAAUUGUUUCGAGUCUUCCUAAUGAGAAAGAGACCAUUUUUGGAGCAUUAGAUAAAUGGGCAGCUUGGGAGACAGAGUUCCCAUUGAUUGCAGCAGCUAAGGCCUUGAUAAUCCUAAGGAAGAGGAGUCAAUGGGUGCGCGUAAUUCAGGUGGCAAAGUGGAUGCUGAGCAAAGGCCAAGGAGCAACAAUGGGAACGUAUGACACCCUAUUGCUGGCAUUUGAUAUGGAUCAGAGGGUGGAUGAGGCUGAAUCAUUGUGGAACAUGAUUCUGCACACGCAUACGCGCUCCAUCUCUAGGCGGCUGUUUUCUAGGAUGAUCUCUCUGUAUCAUCAUCAUGACAUGCAAAGCAAGAUAAUAGAGGUAUUCGCAGACAUGGAGGAGCUGGGUGUAAGACCAGAUGAAGAUACUGUCAGGAGAGUGGCACGCGCUUUUCAGGAACUAGGGCAAGAAGAGAACAAAAAACUUUUCUUAAGAAGAUAUCAGUGUAAAUGGAAGUACAUUCACUUUAAGGGUGAAAGAGUUAAAGUGAGGAGAACUAAUGCAUGGAAUGAAGAUGACAACUUAGGCAACUAAAAUUGGACUUGCUGGGAUGCACAAUCUGAUCCUGACAUCUGUUUUCCCGUUCUCCAUUUUUAACCCAUAGAUGAAGAUAUGUACAGAUAUAGGGUAAGAUUCAAUGCUACGUACUUGCUAAAGACAGUACUCAGUUGUACAAUCUGAUGGAUUCGGUAUGCAGAUCAUCUUAAAUUUUUUGGA